AUACGCUAAUUUCAAGAAAUAUCAAGAUAUGCCACCUCUUGAAAAAUGGACGAACAUCUCUGAGAAAUUGCCUGGAAGAUCGCCAACUGCAUGCCAAGCAAAAUUUGCUCAAAUUGAUCCAGAUCGUGAACAACGUGAACAACGCGUCAUCAAAAGAUGGAAUGAAGAAGAAUGCAAUAAAUUGGAAAAACUUGUCCAAAAAUAUGAAAAUAACUGGGACAAAGUAGCUGCCGAAUUACCUGAUAGAUCUCCAACUCAGUGUCAAACAAAAUAUCGUAGUCUGCAUCCAUCUGGCAAAACCCACUGGUCUGAAGAAGAAAUAGAUAAGCUAUUUGAGUCCGUCAAGGUGCAUGGCAAUAACUGGGUAGAAACUGCUAAAGAUUUGCCAGGCCGCUCUCCUACUUCAUGUAAAAAUAUGUUCAAUAAAGCAACAGAGCA